AUGCUGCCUGGUCGGCCGCCGCUGAAGCGGAGCGCGUGGCUGCUCCUCGAUCCCGGCGAGGACAACGGAUCGCCGCUGCGCGGCUGGACCGCGUCUUGCGACGCCGCAUGCCGCCGGCUCAAGCCCGUCGAUCUACGUGCGGACGAUGCUGCAGCGGACGCAGGAGCGGAGGAGGCAGCCGGCGCGGGCUUCGCAUCGCCCAGCCUGACUGUGCUUGAGCUCGAGGCAAACGGCCAGACCGCGCUGCCACCGCUGCACCCGCGCGCGACGGUGCUCACGGCGCUCCUGGCCUCGUACAACCGGCUUGCGCAGCAUGGCCAUUCGCUCAAGAAGCUCCACCUGGGCUGCAACGGCGUGACUUGCGUGCUCCCCCACCUCACGCGGCUCACCGAGCUCUGCCUCGAGGGCAACCGGCUCUCGGAGCUGCCCGCGGCGAUUGGCCGGCUGGACAAGCUUCGCGAGCUGUGGCUGCACGGUAAUCUCCGGUAA